AUGACUGCAACCAAUGAUUACUGUAAUGAUGACCCAUAUGAGACGUUCUACUUAGACCAACAAGAAAACCAACCUACUGCCAAUACGGUUUGUGAGGACCAUGCGAGCCUUAUCUAUGAGAGAAGCCUACAACCAGAGAAAUAUCCUGUCUUGGCACCGAUUGCGAAGAAUCCUAAUGCUCUCAAUGGUAAACGUUCAAAUGCAUCUGAUGCCAGUGAAGACAUGAAAAGAAAAAGACCAUAA